GCGGCACCUGCGUUGUUAACCCCACCGACCUGUUCUGCUCUGUUCCUGGUCGCUUAUCUCUACUCAGCUCCACUUCAAAGUACAAAGUGACCAUUGCAGAGGUGAAGAGGCGCCUUUCGCCACCAGAAUGCCUCAAUGCUUCCCUCUUAGGAGGUAUUUUGAGAAGAGCAAAAUCCAAGAAUGGAGGACGCUGCUUGCGAGAAAAAUUAGACAGACUGGGACUGAAUUUGCCUGCAGGAAGAAGAAAAGCAGCAAAUGUCACACUCUUGACUUCCUUGGUAGAAGGGGAAGCCUUACAUUUGGCCAGAGAUUUCGGCUACACCUGCGAAACAGAGUUCCCUGCCAAGGCGGUAGGAGAGCACAUUGCCAGACAGCACAUGGAACAGAAAGAGCAGACAGCGAGGAAAAAGAUGAUCCUAGCGACAAAACAAAUAUGUAAAGAAUUCCAAGACCUUCUAAGUCAAGACAGAUCACCCCUCGGAUCCUCCAGACCGACUCCAAUAUUAGACCUCGACAUCCAGAGACAUUUAACACAUUUCAGUUUGAUCACUCAUGGUUUUGGAACUCCUGCAAUAUGUGCUGCCCUCAGCACUUUCCAAACUGUUCUCAGUGAAAUGCUGAACUACUUGGAAAAGCACACAUCGCACAAAAACGGAGGAGCGGCGGAAUCUGGCCAAGGACACGCCAACUCGGAGAAAGCCCCCCUGCGGAAAACUUCAGAGGCUGCUGUGAAAGAGGGCAAAACAGAAAAGACAGACUAG